AAGGUCGGUGGCAACCCAUUUUCUUCUUCUUUUCCGUUUGCUUUUCCUGGUUUUCCCCUCAGUUUCCUAGCCCUUGUUCUUCCAUUUUAACCCUUCCUUGCUCCGAUCGGAAAAUUUCUUUUUCCUAUCUCCCUUCUCUUCUUUCCCCCACUGCCUUUCCCCUUACAUGCGUUCACCCUUUUCUUCUUCUUUCUCUCCCACUUGGGUUCGGCCUCUCUCAAUUUCACUUUUGAACCGAUCUGCUUCCACCUUGUUCCGCCGUUUUCAACAGCUUUAUCGGAAGGUACGUAGAGCUUCUGCUCGGGUGUUCGCACCACCACCUUCCACCUGUGUGUCGGUCUCAACACUGUUGUCAAUGGAUCCACUGACUUCCUCCCAGGUUUUCUACCAUUGGUGGCUGCAGAUUGAUUCUUUGUGGAGCUUGAUUAAAGACGGUGCCUUCUCUUUUUGUUGGGGCUUGGUUGGGUUUCACCUCUGGUGUUGGUUGGGAAGCUGGCUUGUGGUCACCAUGGCGUACAUUGGCCGUGACGAGGGUAUUAGAAGGCUAGCGUUUAGUUUUUAUAGUUUAUGUGCUUUUCCUUUUCGGGCUCGACCCUCGGGUUGGGUUGUUUGGUUGUUGUCUUGGAGGCCCAUCUUUUGUUUGUUUUUGUUGUGUUUAUGUUUGUAAGUGUUGGUAAUGAAUUUUAGCUUUCAUCCACACAAAAAAAGGAACAAACGAACAAACUCUCUAACCGUAACAGUGACAGCAUCCAACUGAAAACCCCGCCAGCCAGCUGCCAGCAACAAGCUAACGGCUGACAUCCAAUUCAUUAAUAAAUAAAUCGAUUCGAGAACGUGUUUAUUGAGGAAUAAAAUUUUUAUCUUUAUCCAAUUCCUUUCCGAAGUUGCAGACGUUCAGAUUCAACGAAUUCAAAAGCGACGGCGGAGAAGAUUGAGAAAACGAUGGCGUCUCCGACCAACUUCGCCUCAGCAGUGACUAUACUUCACAACGCUACCAUCGUCACCAUGGAUUCCGACAGCCGCGUCUUCCGCAACGGCGGGAUCGUCAUCGAGCGAGACGCGAUCAGAGCCGUCGGUCAGUCUUCCGAUAUACUCCGCCAGUUCUCCGCCCUCGCCCACCGGGUUGUCGAUCUCAACGGCCAAAUCGUCCUCCCUGGACUGAUCAAUACGCACGUGCACACCUCGCAGCAACUGGGAAGAGGGAUUGCAGAUGACGUGGAUUUGAUGACGUGGCUGCACGAUCGGAUUUGGCCCUACGAGUCCAACAUGAGCGAGGAAGAUUCGUACAUUUCCACCUUGCUUUGUGGCAUAGAGCUCAUUCACUCUGGUGUAACUUGCUUUGCUGAAGCAGGAGGGCAACAUGUGUCGGGAAUGGCGAGGGCGGUGGAGUUGCUGGGGUUAAGGGCGUGUUUGGCUGAGUCCACCAUGGACUCAGGUGACGGCCUGCCCAAGUCUUGGGCAGGUCGGAGCGCCGGUGAUUGCAUCCAGUCUCAGAAAGAGCUUUACAAGAAGCACCAUAACACCGGAGACGGGCGCAUCAGAGUGUGGCUAGGAAUUAGGCAGAUUAUGAAUGCAACUGAUGAUUUGCUGCUUGCAACAAGGGACACUGCCAAGGAACUGAAAACUGGAAUCCACAUGCAUGUUGCAGAGAUAGCAUACGAGAAUCAAUUUGUGACAGAGACGCGAAAAGUUGACCAUGGAACGAUAACACACUUGGAGAAUAUACAGUUCCUCCAGAACAAUUUGCUAGCUGCCCACACAGUUUGGGUUAAUCCUUCUCAGAUUGAUUGUCUUUCAAGGGGCGGGGUCAAAGUAUCUCAUUGCCCUGCCGCUGCGAUGCGAAUGCUUGGAUUUGCACCUAUUAGAGAGAUGCUGGAUGCUGGCAUCUGUGUCUCUUUGGGAACAGAUGGGGCACCCUCGAAUAACAGAAUGAGCAUAGUUGAUGAGAUGUACCUGGCUUCUCUGAUUAACAAAGGACGGGAAGUUCAUACAAAUGGAACUACUGAUCCUACUGCUCUUCCUGCUGAAACAGUUCUUGAGUUGGUGACUAUAAAUGGUGCAAAAUCAGUACUUUGGGAUAAUGAAAUAGGAUCCCUUGAGGUCGGCAAAAAGGCUGACUUGGUUGUUAUCAAUCCUUCCUCUUGGACCAUGGUUCCUCUCCAUGACAGCAUUUCCAGCCUUGUGUACAGUAUGCGAACCGAAAAUGUAGUCUCUGUAAUGUGCAAUGGUCUGUGGAUUAUGAAGGAUAAGAAGAUUUUGAACGUGGAUGAGGAAGAAGUUCUUGCAAAGGCAAAGCAAGCUUCCGCAGAAAUUCUGAAGCGGGCAGGGAUCAAAAUACCAAGUAGAAUGAAUUUUCUUUAGGCUCAACGCUCAAGAUACGCCACACGCGAGGCAAUGGAUAAAGGGGUCACUUCACGACAGUAUGCUGCUAUGCUAGAAGUAGGAGAUGUCGGUUUAUUGAACAUAGGAGGGAAGAGAAACGAGAGACACGAAUGCCAUAAACGAUAUCAGUUUGUCCAUCAGGGAAAUAAGUUUGAAACUUUGAAGUGUUGUAAGUGCCCGUUGAUUGAAUAAAAUUGGCAUUUGAAAAGAGAAACACGGGUUUGUAACACGAGAACUGAUGUAUGCACAUUUUUUUAGGCCUAAUUGGAUAAAUGUUCCUCAUGAUAGGAUAUUCAGAAGAU